UCAGUAUUUUUGUUGUCAUUAAACUAACAAGUGGUAAAAAAUAACAAUUGAAUAUAAGUCUUCUUCCCAGGUAGUAAAAUAUAGCCUACAUUAAUACUACUAGUUAUUACAUUCUUUAAGUCUUAAAUCUUAAAGUGCAGAAACUAUUUUUUAUAUAGUUUUAUAAAAUACUUCUAUCAUGUCAGAUAAAGCAAUGCUUGUUCUGGGCGAAGCUUCUGAAUCUGAUGAUGAAGACUUUCAACAAAUUGAGAACUCAAGAAGUGGAAUGGCUGAGAGCGACCACACAGAGUUUGACACUGAUUCCAAAUACCAGGCAAGCAAUUCAAAAAAUAGAAAAAGUCGAGUGGGAAGAGAAAGUUUUGCUGGCCGUUCCGACAAUUUCAAAAUGUCUGAAGACACUUUACUGCAUCGAAAAUUAAAAGAGAAAAAUAUGCAGUUUUAUUCAAAUCUCACAACAUUCAACAAGCAAAUGUAUAUAAAUGCCAUGAAUCAAAUGAACGAAACGGACCAACAGUUGGUUAAAGCUCAAGUAUUACUCCAAGAUACUGUAACUAACUGGAAGUAUAUUGAACAAAAUUUGUCACACAUCAAACGUAAGAUGACUGAUAUAUUGGCUGAAGAGUAUAUUCCAAAAAUUAAAAUUUGAAUCAUUUCUUUAUAGAAUAAAAAUUGUAAACAUGAUUAAAAUAAAAUAAUUGUUACACUAUAAUUCCAUACAGAGAAAAAAUGUAUUAUAUUAUUUUAUUACACUAUAUACGAUAAUUGAAAAUAUCUUCACAAAUCAUUACAUUUGAAUAUGUACCUUAGUUUCACAAUAGGAAAUAUAACAUUACUAUAGGAUACAAAUUCAUAUUUUUAUAAACUGUAAAUAAAAAAAAAAAA